CCGGGCUGUCCGUGACUGAUAAUCAGCGGGGUCUAUUUUUUCCCCUCUCACAGCGCCUGCGCACACUCUAGCCAACGCACUUGACGGAGGCCGAGACGUUAAAAAGGCGCGAACCGGCCUGUCGUAGGCGGGGCAAAAUGGCGCGUAAGGAGAUGCUGGAGUUCACCCGGAGCCUCUUCCGAGGCCGCCCGGACUUGAGCACGCUCACGCAGUCCAUCGUGCGGCAGAGGUUUCUGGCUCACGCGGGCCGCGACCACUUGGAACCCCGGGAGAAGGUGGCGCUGAAGCGGCUGGUGGAGGAGGAGCUGUUGAGGAUGCAGGAGGAGGACGCAAAUGCCAAGGAGAAGCUAGUCCUGGCCAAGAAAGUGAAGAGGCCUCCCAGUCCUUGCAGUGAUCAAGAGCACAAGCGGUGCCGGUUCAAUUCUGAUUCUGACUCGGAAUCUAUCUCUGGGGCCUCCAGUCCAGAUUCUUCAGACCCCUUAGUAAAGAACAGACUGGCCACAAAAAUAAGUGCUACCAAGGAACGUCCAAGGAGGACCUCAAAGAAAGCAGUUGAGAGCAGCGAUGAGGAGGAACAGCAGGAGGACUCGAUAGUGAAGUCUGGUUCAGAGGAAGAUGGGCAGGAGAGCAGUGAGGAGGAGGGAUCUAGUAGAACAAGUAAGGUUGAGAAGGCAGAGAGCAGUGAGGAAGAGCAAGCAGAGGGGAAGGAAGAUGAGGAAGGAGAGAGAGAACCCAAAGGCAGGGCUAGGAAACAACCUGGGAUGAAUAACAAGAGGACUGUAGGCAAAACCUCUGCCAGCAGGAAGCAGGCCAGGGAUGUGAGUGAGGACAGUGGGGAGGAAGAACCUAUCCAGAGGGUGGAAAAGAAAAUGGGGAGAGAAACAGGCGCUAAGAGCCACCAGGAAAGUGAAAAUGAGAGUGAGGAAGAAAGAGAGAACCUAGUUGAGGAAAGAAAGAGAGAGGACGAUGACUGGAAAUCCAGACCCCAGAGCAACGAAAGGAAGAGCUCAGCUUGUGGGAAGAAGAACCAGGAACAGAAAAGCAGGGCGGCAAGACUUCUGGGUGACAAGGACAGAGAAGAACAGAAGGAAAAGGCAGAUUCGGGCCAUGAGGCUAACAGCAGCGGAGAAGAGGAGCCCUCCUUACAGAGGAAGAGAAAGAACAGGCAGAGUGGAAGCAGUGAGGAAGAUGAGGAAGACAGCUUGCAGAUGGCAAAAUCAGCUAAGGGCACUUUUAAGUCGGCCCAAGGGGGCAGACACAAUGGGGAGGAGAGUGACUCGGAGAGGGAGCUGAGUGACAGCGAGGCAGAGGGGAGCCCAAAGGGGGAAAGGAAGAAUCGCUCCUCCAAGAAGAGCUCCAAGAAAGGCAGGACUCGGAGUUCUUCUUUGUCAUCUUCUGAUGGCAGUCCAGAACCCAAAGGCAGGAAGGCUGGCUCUGGUCGCCGUGGGGAAGAUCACCCAGCUGUGAUGAGGCUAAAGCGCUACAUCAGGGCCUGUGGUGCCCGUCGCAACUAUAAGAAGCUGCUAGGGUCCUGCCACUCGCAUAAGGAGCGCCUGAGUGUCCUCCGGGCAGAGCUGGAAGCUCUGGGCAUGAAGGGUAACCCCUCCCUAGAGAAGUGUCGGGCACUGAAGGAACAACGGGAGGAGGCAGCUGAGGUGGCCUCUUUGGACGUCACCAACAUUAUCAACUGUUCAGGUAGGCCCCGCAGACGCACGGCCUGGAAUCCUUCAGUUGCAGCUCCCCCAGGUGAGCUGUACCGUAGGGCACUGGACUCAGAGGAAGAGCGGCCCCACCCUCCACCCCCAGACUGGUCACACUUGCGAGGCAUCAUCAGCAGUGAUGGCGAGAGUAACUGAGCUUCCUCACACCCACUUUCCUCUUGUAGAAAGUGUACAUGCACCCCUCUCCCCAUCUCUGUGCCUGCGCAGAACAAAUGGUGCUUUCUUCAGAGAAGACUCGAAGCCCCCAGGGAUACAAGGAUCCAACUUUUUAGCUUAUUUCUGUUUUAGGUGUUUACUGGAGUUUAAGACUCAAAUAAAUGAGUAUUUGAAUCAUCUCAUCUAAA